AUUUUAUUCAGUAAACGUCAUCAUUUUGUCUAACGACUGAAUGGGUUUCUCUCUAUGUUUUAAAACACAUUCAAUCAAAACUAUCUUUUUAUUUCUUUCAAUUUAAAACUGCUUUAACUAAAUAUAGCAUGAUAGUUAUUAAGUUAGGGACUUGCUACAUCAGGGAAUAAAAAUAAAACAAAUCGUUCAUUGGAUUGGUCAGUUAGUGCUCAAUGAUCUUGAAUAUGAUUGGUUAAAUUAACUUGGAGCUUACUACAAAUCUUUAGAACUUUUGUUAAACUUAAUUGAAAAUCUUUAAUUAAUAUUUUGUUGGAUUUUUAAAAUUAUCAUUACACUACAGUACUUUGACUUAAAAUACAUGAAUUAACUGGUUUCAUAGGAAAUAACAAUGUCAGGAGUUGGAUCUACAUCAAAUGCGUCUAUUCAUCGUAAUGCAAAUGAUGAUGGAAAAAGUAGAAGUCGUUAUUUUUUACAUCAUCAUGGCCCAGAUCAUUCUCAAGGACGAUCUUUGAGUUCCUUCAAGCAGCAUAUGUCUAGUAGUGCGUUAGGUCAUUUAAUAUCAAAUGCUAGUCAAAAACAUCUAUCUCGACAACAUAAGACAACUCAUCGAUUUAAAUACUCCAGUGCUGGUAGUCUGUCACAUAAUCAAGUACAUUCACAUAAGGAAAGCAAUAAUCAUUGUACAACUGAUGAUAGAGUUUUUGAAGUUCUUUUAAAAGGACAUGUUUUUGUACGUGCAACUUGUUCACGACUUCGAGAUCUGUGCGAAUUCUGUCUACAUUCAGUUCAUGGUCACUCUUACUUGUAUUGCAGAAAUUGUCCUGUCGUAAUUCACAAUAAAGAUAUUUGUCAAGAACAUCUUACCAGAGUGUGUCCUGCUCCAGAAAUAGGAGUUACAGGAUGGGGUGAAGGAAAUUAUUCAAUUAAAUUUGAAGAAAGCUCAUUAAUAGAUUUAGAAGCAGUAUUCCUUUCAGCACUACCUGGCCUUCAGUCUAAUAAAUGUUUCGAAUGUGGAUGUGUAUUAGAUUCACACAGCGGACGGGAACUUAAAACAAAUAAUAAAAUGAAUGAAAAUAAUAUUUCAUCUAAUAAUAAUAAUAAUAAUCACAAAUCAAUGAAACGUCAGAAAUCACACAAAGAAGUAUUUUCACACUUACGACGUGUUCGUUCUCAUCAUCAGUUCAGUCAAAUUGACAUUACUCCACAAGCUACAACUAUGCGUAUUUGUCAUAUGACUGGAAAAUAUUAUUGCGAACGUUGUCACUGGGAUGACACUUGGUAUGUACCAGGUUCAAUAUUCCUCCUAAACGAUACAUCUAAACAACCUGUUUGUCGUUCAGUCUACAUUAAAUUGUGCGUUAUUUGGGAUUCUUUGAUAUUGAAAGUUCCAGCUUAUUGGCAUCGAGAUAACCUUGAGGCUGGAAAGGUUUACGAGAUUCGCACCAAAUUACAACCACUUUUACGCUACGCAAUGCUAUGUCCAGAAGCUUCUUCCAUAAAGGCUAGUGCUGAACUUUCCGGACCAAGCUAUUUGUUGGGUAAUCCUGAUUAUUUUCGUAUGUGUGAUGUCCUUGAUGUACUCAAUGGAACACUUUAUUCUAGAUUAAAGGAGUAUCUGAAAAUUUGGUUUGAGCAUAAAACACACUGUGAAACACUGGUCUAGGUGACUAGACAUUGGAUUCACUAUGUUGAGAAAUAGGAUCAAAUCCGUCAGAGCGCAUCAGUUCCAUAAAGAUUACAGGUACACCCUACUGACGAGCGUCAAGUAACACGAAACGUAGGUUCAAGGUUUCGUGUUGAUUACCUCUAACCUUUAUCUUACAAGUAACAAACUUCUACUAUAUAUAUGUAUAUGUUUAUAUAAGGUAGAUGACAAAUCCUGUAUACUGUUAGGAUGAAACCGAAACUAACAAAUUAAUAACCAUGUAAUACAAGGGUUAUCUACUACUUUAUUAUAUCAUGGAAUAAAUAAAUAAUAUUACAGUAGACUUAUGAAAAGCUUUUAAUCAGUGAACAUGAGUUACAUAAUAAUCAUAAAGAUAAUAACAUGCAAUAAUUUAUAGAACGAGUGUAAAAGAUCAUUGUAUACUUUAAAAAAAUCAAGGAAGACAUUAGGG